GUGAGCUGCUCUUUUAAAGGACUAUUCUUGAGCUCAGAUCAUAUUUUGCUAAUAAAAUAUGGAUUGAAAGAUGGAUUGGCUUUACAGGCGAACACUCAGGUCCAUUGGCUCAUAUGCUGUGGAGACUUUUUUCUGGCUCUGCCAAAGAGCUGACAUUUUGGCACUAUCAGGAAAGCCAGAAAACGCACCAGAGUGCAGUGCUAUGACAGACAGGAAACGAAUCCAUUCUUGCCCGUCAGCCUGCUCAGUGACAGAAGAGGAAGAAAAAGAAGAAGGUGAACACAGUCCCCAGAAGAAGCCCACACGGCAGCUUCCCCGGGGCUCUGUAGAAGGAUUGACAAAAGGUCUGAAGGAGAAAGAGCUCACCCCAAAGAGACUGCAGCUCCUUCUGGUGGGCAAAACAGGAAGUGGGAAAAGUGCAACAGGAAAUAGCAUCCUGGGAAGGCAAGUAUUUGAGUCCAAAAUCAGUGCUAGACCAGUGACCAUGACAUUUCAGAAAGGGAGCAGGGAGUGGGCAGGGAAGGAGCUUGAGGUGAUCGACACCCCAGACAUUUUGUCACCUCAGGACCAGCCUGAGGUAACAGCUGAGAAGAUCCGUGAAGUCUUGGCCUCACCAGGGCCCCAUGCAGUGCUCCUGGUGAUACAGGUGGGCCGGUACACCACCGAGGACCAGCAAGCCGCCAGGCACCUUCAGGAGAUCCUUGGCAAAGGGAUCCUGGCUUAUACCAUUCUGGUGUUCACCCGGAAGGAAGACCUGGCUGGGGGCUCUUUGGAAGAAUAUAUUCAAGAGAACAACAAUAAGAGCCUUGACGAUCUGGAUGUUGCCUGCGAGAGGCGUCAUUGUGGCUUCAACAACAGGGCACGAGGGCAUGAGCAGGAGGCCCAGCUGCAGGACCUUAUGAAGAAAAUUGAAUUGAUCUUGUGGGAAAAUGAAGGCCAUUGCCACACCACAGAACUUCCAAAUAUUCCCAGCAAAUCAAUUUAACCAAAUAGCAAGGUUUGGAGGAGGCAGCCCCUCAGGAGUCCUGGCUGGAAAGGCUGUCCUAGAUUCAGAUGGCCUCUGAGAAGGCCUGUAGCUACGUGAUGGAGAAGGCAUCUAUCUGAGCCCCGCUUGGCCAUAAGCAUGGUGUCCUUAGUCAGGGUUCUACUGCUGUGAAAAGACACUAUGACCAUGGCAACCCUUACAAAAGCAAGCCUUUAAUUGGGGCUGUCUUAUAGUUUCAGAGGUUUUGUCCAUUAUCAUCCUGGCAGGGAGCAUGGCAGCAUGCAGGCAGAUAUGGUGCUGGAGAGGCAACUGAGAGUUCUGCCUCCAAAUCUACCAGGCAGCAGGAAGAGAGACUCUGGGCUUCGAAAGGGCUGUUUGAAAAGCUCAAUGCUGAGCUCCCCACCACCAAGCGACACACUUCCUCCAACAAGGCCACACCUCCUAAUCCUUUCAAAUAAAGCUUCUUCCUGGUGAACAAGCAUUCAAAUCUAUGAGCCUGUGAGGGUCAUUCUCAAUCAAACCAACACAAGGAGCCUCUAUCAGCAGCUGUGCCCUGUAUCCAGCCUCUGCUGCCUGCUCCCUCUGUCUUUGAAGAGAGCUUGCUGGCCCCUAGGUCAGAGUGUUGGGUGUGGCAAUGGGGUGAGGCCUCAGUUAAGGGGGGCAGCUACAUUCUGUGUCCAGCUACAUAGCUUCUUUGUGCUCCCCCAUAUAUAGUUACAAUCCUUGUUCUGAGAAUCUCCUGUCUCAAUGUUGUGUUAACAUUACUCCCCAAUUGUCCCCUGCUAUGUCAGUAAAGAGGCUUGACAGCCAGUGACCUAGCAGCUGAGAAAAUAGGGUUGGGCUUCCUGUCAGCCAGGGGAGGAGGAGGAGGGAAAGUAGGGGAUUGAGCAAGAUAUGGGGACACAGAAAUCAGCGUUUGAAUUUUUACCCAGUGCACAAUAACACUGCUCCUACAGAGGCCCUUCACCUGAGCCAACAACAGAGGGCAAUCAUAUGGGACCUUUGUCCCACUGACAUAUUUUUAUGCUCUGUGUCUAUUCUCUGCUACAACCAGAGCUUCUUGACAACAGGACUGGUUCUGUCUUUUGUGUAAACUGCACAGCUGCAUAGCCAAGGUAGUCAGAGUUAGUGCAGCCCCGGGGUUGCCAUAAACCAGAAGGUUGUACCUUCCUUACGCAUGAAGAGGGACAGGCACUGUGUCAUUAAAAUGGCUGCCCUGUGCAGUGUGCAGAAAACGACAAUGAGACUGAAGAGAGAGGCCCAGAUCUCCAGUUAGAGUUUUCUUCCCCAAAGUAAGGUAUCUUAAUAGGUUGUGUUCUACAACCAUGUUCUAACCACUGACUUGCUUCUAAGCUUCUGAGCGACUUCUCUGCAGUGGCCACAUGUGCACAAUGACUAAUAAAAACUUUUAUGUCUUUCCUGGGGUGGCGAGCUAAGUACAUUUGGGCCAAAUGUAAAGGACAGACCACCAUGCACAUGCAAGGGUUACAACAGACCGAAGGUAGACAGGACAUGGCAGAGACCCCAAGGAAUCAAAUCUGAGGGAGCCAACCCAGAACCAUCACUUGUGUGCUGUCUCCCCUGCGUUCCACCAUAAGCCCCCA